AUGUCGUCGCCACCUCCAUACCCAAACACAUCCAACCCGCUCAAACGACCAUCCCUCUCAUCCUCCGCCUCACAGCCCGUGGGCAAAAAAGCCCGCAUGCACCCUCUCCGGCAGACCUCCUUCCCAAAUGGUCUGGACGGUGUCGAUCGUAGCUUCGGCCCAACAAGCGAUGCAGGCAGCGUGACAGGGAGUUUCACAGGGAGCAUCGGUGGUGCCAGUGCCGACGGCGUCUUCGCCGGUGCUGCUCGUGGAAAGAAGCGCGGUCGAAAAAGCAAAGCUGAAAAGGAGCGCGAAAGGGAACGAGAGGAUGCGAUGAGUGCGCGCGCUGGUGAUGGUCGGCUUGGGUCGGUGGAUGCUGAGGGAUCUGUUCGGGGGGGGAUGGGGCCCGGAGGAGCCGGAGGUGCUGGUGGAGGCGCUGAUGAUGUCGAGGAUGAUGAGGAUGAUGAUGAGGGGGAGCUGUUAGGAAGGGAAGAAGGGACCACGGAUACAGAGGCCGAGAAGAAGAAUCUGGCCAUUCUUGUCGACGCCUUCAAUCCCCAGCAAUCCGAGCGAUAUGAUCUUUUCAAACGAGCCAAGCUUCGAAAAGAGUCUCUCCGUCGAAUUGUCAAUCAUGCGCUAUCCCAAUCCGUCCCGGCCAGUGUGGUCACUACAGUGAACGGCUUUACCAAGGUCUUUGCCGGAGAAAUGAUUGAAAAGGCACGAACUGUCCAGGCAGAAUGGGCAGACGCUUUCGAUGCAUCCGCCAGGGCUGCCUUUGACGCUGAAGAAGCCGCCGCCGAGAGAGCAGCUCAAGCUAGAGCCGACGCAGCCGCCGCAGCUGCACGAGCCAAAGCAGCAUCGCAGACACCAUCAGGCACACCCGCACCAGCGGCAAAUCCAGGCUCCGUGGUGAAUGACAUCAAAAAGGAGCCAUCCGACAACGACCACAACCGAUUAUCCUCUGCCCCCAUGAACCACAACAAGCCAACUCCCUCUCCCGGGCCUCUUUCUACUACCACCUCAUCACAUGUGUCCCCCUCCCCAUCCAUCGCCAAGCCGCCUCCCAUUUCCGCCCCAAGCCCGGCCCCCCCUCGUCCUAAACGAGAGUUCCGUCCACCUCCCAACCCUCAUCGUGGACAGCUCCUCCCGUCACAUUUGCGAGAGGCGCUCCGCCGAUACAAGCGAGACGGUGAAGGGGGAGGUGUCGGUUUCUCGGGGUUGAGUAUGGAUAAUCUCGGUGUGAAGGGUUCUGUCACAUGGAGUUCUGGAAGUGUAGGAGGCCGGCGCAUUUUUCGAUAG